GCUGCUUCUAUAAAAUGGGAAUACUUAUUGCCGUUCUUGGAAUCUGGUUCAGCUCUUCACUUGUAAAAGGAGAUUCUAAGGCUGUGACAACAUCUCUAACUACAAAGUGGUCUUCGACUCCUUUAUUACUUGAAACAAGUGAAUUUUUAUCAGAAGAAGGUCAAGAAAAAUUCUGGAAUUUUGUUGAAGCCAGUCAAAACAUUAAGACAUCUGAACAGGAUGGUAGCAAUUACUACCAUGAAAUGCUGAAAGUGGCCUGCCAGAGUCUGUCACCAUUGCAGCAGAAUUUGUUGAAAUUUUCCUUGUCUUUACGGUCUUACUCUGCAACAGUUCAAGCUUUUCAACAGAUAGCAGCCGAUGAACCUCCACCAAAGGGCUGUACCCUGUUUUUUGCUGUGCAUGGGGAGAAGACAUGUGAAUUUGACUCUCUUGGAAACCUUCUACAGGCAGCUUCGGAAAGGCCAAAGCCAUUUUUGUUCAAAGGGGACCACAAGUACCCCGUGUCAAACCCCGAAAGUCCUGUUGUCAUACUUUACGCUGAGAUUGGCUCCGAGGAGUUCUACAGAAACCAUAAGAGGCUUGUUUCAAAGGCAGAGGCAGGAGAAAUCACUUACGUGCUCAGACACUAUAUUGCUAAUCCAAGUAAAGAAAAAGUCUACCUCUCUGGCUAUGGUGUGGAACUAGCGAUUAAAAGUACAGAAUAUAAGGCCAAGGAUGAUACGCAGGUGAAAGGCACAGAUGUGAAUGCAACAGUAAUAGAUGAAAAUGACCCUAUUGAUGAAGUGCAGGGAUUUCUGUUUGGAAAACUAAGGCAGUUGUAUCCUGACUUGACAGAAGAGCUGAAAGAGCUUAGGAAACACCUCGUGGAAAGUACCAAUGAAAUGGCACCUUUGAAAGUCUGGCAGCUGCAAGAUUUAAGUUUUCAAACUGCUGCUCGCAUUUUGACUGCUCCCCCUGUGGAUGCUCUGAUGGUCAUGAAAGAUCUCAGUCAGAACUUUCCUACAAAGGCCAGAGCCAUAACAAAAACAGUUGUUUCUUCGGAACUCCGAACAGAAAUUGAAGAGAACCAAAAGUAUUUCAAAGGAACACUAGGAUUGCAACCGGGAGAUUCUGCCCUCUUCAUCAACGGAUUGCUUAUUGAUUUAGACACUCAGGACAUAUUUAGCUUGAUUGAUGUGCUACGCAACGAAGCCCGUGUCAUGGAAGGCCUGCACAGCUUAGGAAUUGAGGGUCUUUCCUUGCACAACGUUCUGAAGUUGAACAUCCAACCAUCAGAUUCUGACUAUGCUGUGGACAUCAGAAGCUCCGCUAUUUCAUGGAUCAACAACCUCGAAAUUGACAGUCGGUAUAACUCCUGGCCUUCCAACGUGCAAGAACUGCUGCGUCCCACGUUUCCAGGCGUGAUCAGGCAAAUUAGAAAAAACUUCCAUAAUUUUGUGCUGAUAGUAGAUCCUACUCACGAGACCACAGCGGAAUUACUGAACGUGGCAGAGAUGUUCUUCAGUAACCACAUCCCACUGAGGAUAGGGCUAGUCUUUGUGGUUAAUGACUCGGAGGAUGUUGAUGGACUUCAGGAUGCUGGUGUUGCCCUCCUUAGGGCAUACAAUUAUGUGGCACAAGAAAUGGACAAUAACUAUGCUUUCCAGACUGUCAUGUCUAUAUAUAACAAAGUGAAAACAGGAGAUCAGCUGAAAGUGGAGCAUGUGGUUAGCGUUCUGGAGAAACAAUAUCCUUAUGUGGAAGUCAACAGCAUUCUGGGAAUUGAUUCUGCCUAUGAUCAAAACAGAAAGGCGGCGAGAGGUUACUAUGAGCAAACGGGUGUAGGUCCUCUCCCUGUCGUGCUGUUCAAUGGAAUGCCUUUUCAAAAAGAUCAGCUGGAUCCUGAUGACCUGGAAACCGUCACGAUGCACAAAAUCCUGGAAACCACAAGCAUCUUCCAGCGAGCCGUGUACCUGGGUGAAUUAUCUAAUGACCAAGAUGUGGUUGAAUAUAUCAUGAACCAGCCUAAUGUCGUUCCAAGAAUUAACUCCAGAAUCUUAACGUCUGACAGGGAGUACCUGGAUCUGACAGGAAUGAAUAACUUUUACGUGGAUGACUAUGCUCGAUUUACCACGUUGGAGUCCAAGGACAAGACAGCUGCUGUCGCAAACAGCAUGACCUACUUAACAAAGAAAGGAAUGUCUUCCAAGGAGAUCUAUGAUGAUUCCUUUGUUAGACCAGUUACUUUUUGGAUUGUUGGUGACUUUGAUAAGCCUUCAGGGAGGCAGCUGUUGUAUGAUGCAAUUAAACAUCAGAAAUCCAGCAAUAAUGUUCGAAUUAGCAUGAUUAAUAAUCCCAGUGAAGAUCCAAAUAGCCAGAAUACACGUGUUGCGAAAGCCAUAUGGGCAGCUCUACAGACACAAACGUCAAAUAAUGCCAAGAACUUUAUCACCAAAAUGGCAAAAGAAGAAAUUGCAAAGGCAGUAGAGGCAGGAGCCGACAUCUUGGAAUUUGCUGUUGGGGGUAUGGAUAACAACAUUUUCAAAGAAGCCUUUGAGUCUCCCAAGGUGGAUUUCAUCCUGUCCCAUGCUAUAUAUUGCAGAGACGUUCUAAAGCUGAAGAAGGGGCAGAGGGCUGUGAUCAGCAACGGAAGGAUUAUUGGUCCGCUAGAGGAUGGUGAGAUGUUCAAUCAGGAUGAUUUUCAUCUCCUUGAGAAUAUCAUACUAAAGACAUCAGGACAGAAAAUCAAAUCUCAGAUUCAGCAGCUGGGAUUCGAAGAAGAUCUUGCAAGUGACUUAGUAAUGAAAGUGGAUGCUCUUCUUUCUGCUCAGCCAAAGGGAGAGGCAAGGAUUGAAUACCAUUUUUUUGAAGAACGAUACAGUGCAGUUAAACUGAGACCAAAAGAGGGGGAGACGUACUUUGAUGUUGUGGCUAUUGUUGAUCCUGUGACCAGAGAUGCUCAAAGACUCGCUCCGUUACUUUUGGUUUUGAACCAAUUGAUAAACAUGAACCUAAGAGUGUUUAUGAACUGCCAGUCUAAGCUUUCAGACAUGCCACUGAAAAGCUUUUAUCGCUAUGUUUUGGAGCCGGAGAUUUCUUUCACAGCAGAUAAUAACUUUGCUCCAGGACCAAUUGCCAAAUUUUUGGAUAUGCCCCAGUCUCCACUGUUCACUUUGAACCUGAAUACUCCUGAGAGCUGGAUGGUGGAAUCUGUCAGAACCCCAUACGACCUUGAUAAUAUUUACCUGGAGGAGGUGGAUAAUGUUGUAGCUGCAGAAUAUGAACUGGAGUACCUGCUCCUGGAAGGACACUGCUAUGAUAUCACCACUGGGCAGCCGCCUCGGGGACUCCAGUUUACACUGGGAACUUCAACCACUCCUGUCAUCGUGGAUACCAUUGUUAUGGCCAACUUGGGUUACUUCCAGCUAAAAGCCAAUCCUGGUGCAUGGACUCUAAGACUGAGAAAGGGCAGAUCUGAGGAUAUCUACAGAAUCUACAGCCAUGAUGGCACAGACUCUCCACCUGAAGCGAGUGAAGUUAUUGUUGUUCUCAACAACUUCAAAAGCAAAAUUAUUAAAGUGAAGGUUCAGAAAAAGUUAGAUAUGAUGAAUGAAGAUCUACUGAGUGAUGGUACCAGUGAGAAUGAAUCUGGAUUUUGGGAAUCUCUCAAAUGGGGAUUCACAGGUGGACAGAAGAAUGAAGAUGUGAAACAGGAUAAAGACGAUGUACUAAAUAUAUUCUCUGUGGCUUCAGGACACCUAUAUGAAAGAUUCCUACGCAUAAUGAUGUUGUCUGUGCUGAAACAUACUAAGACUCCUUUAAAGUUCUGGUUUCUGAAGAACUACUUAUCACCUACUUUCAAGGAGUUCAUCCCAUACAUGGCAGAGAAGUAUAAUUUCCAGUAUGAGCUUGUCCAGUAUAAAUGGCCACGCUGGCUCCAUCAGCAGACAGAGAAGCAGCGUAUCAUCUGGGGCUACAAGAUCCUCUUUCUAGAUGUGCUCUUCCCAUUAGCUGUUGAUAAAAUCCUCUUUGUGGAUGCUGAUCAGAUUGUGCGCACAGAUCUAAAGGAAUUAAGAGAUUUCAAUCUAGAUGGUGCUCCUUAUGGCUAUACUCCCUUCUGUGACAGUCGAAGAGAAAUGGAUGGCUACAGGUUCUGGAAAUCAGGAUAUUGGGCAAGUCAUUUAGCUGGAAGAAAAUACCACAUCAGUGCUCUGUAUGUUGUGGAUCUGAAGAAGUUCAGGAAGAUAGCAGCUGGAGAUCGGCUCAGAGGACAAUACCAGGGUCUUAGUCAAGAUCCAAACAGUCUGUCCAACCUUGAUCAGGAUUUGCCUAACAACAUGAUCCACCAGGUGCCAAUUAAAUCACUCCCCCAGGAGUGGCUGUGGUGUGAAACGUGGUGUGACGAUUCCUCCAAGAAGAGAGCAAAAACCAUUGAUCUGUGUAAUAACCCAAUGACCAAAGAGCCCAAGCUGCAAGCAGCGAUGCGUAUAGUUCCGGAAUGGCAGGACUAUGAUCAAGAAAUCAAACUGCUCCAAAGUCUUUUCCAGAAAGAAAAAGAAACGGGAACGCCAGCUAAGAUGCCAGGCCAACACACACAUGAUCCAGAAGCACAUGUGGAAUUAUGAUCCAUGGAGAAAAAUUCAAGUUAGACUGUUUCAUAGACAAUUUUUAUAUUGAAAGCUAGUUUUUUCCGGUAUGUCUGCAAAACUGCUGAAUAAUUGAAUGGGAUGAUGUAUGCAUUUUUAUUACUUGCCUUUGGGUUAAUUUCUGCAUAUGAAAUAGGAUCUGGAUUGCUGGAAUUAGCAUUACUGGUUUUUUGCACCUGUGGUGGAGAUGAAAGAGCCCAUGAUGGAAUUUAGCAUUUCAGAAACAAAACUUCAAAAUCCACUGGAAAAGCCACAGCCUGUUCCUUCAGCUGUUGCUACCUCCAGCACUGAUGAAGAUCCAUCCCAUUAGCCUCAGAUCUCACUCAAGAGCCUGGAAACAGCAGACCUGUUGAGCUGUUGGCUAGAACAUAAGUCCUAACCUCAACCGAUGGGGAUAAUUUUUCCAGGUAACAUUAAAAGGCUCAGAAUCAUGCCUUGAAUUUGGGAUACCGUUUUAUCUGCAGGUUUUCAAAUGGUUGGAAAUGCUUCUCCGAUUUGUUCAGUAUGCCCUUGAUUUUGUAACAAAUCCAGCAUUACUUAGAUUUUUCUAUUUCCUGCCUUCAGUUAUUGCCCAACUUUUGAAGGUUUGGCUUAAUGUAAAGCUGCCGCAAUCUGUUUAAAUGCCCAUCCAAAUACAAAUGAUUAAUCUCACAGAGUGAGCAGAACAUUGAAUUUGACAGCUCAGUUCAUCCCAGCCCAUCUGACUUGAAUCAAAGUGCCCUCCUUCCUUCCUGCUCAAAGUUUCAAUCAGUCUGCAAAACUGGUAGGGCCUUACUCUUGCUGUGGUUCACUGAUUCAUGAAUGUGUUUUGUUUAUGGAAAAAUCUGUGGAAGCUUGGAAGUUUUUCAUCAUGUAAAUUUCAUUAACUUUAUUUUUCUUCAAACAGAGAUGAUGUCACAUCAAUAAAAACUUUGGAGUUCUUAGGUCUUAAGCUUCAGCUCAUACUCAGUCCUUUGAUCAUCCUUUUUGCUUGCACAUGUUACAAUCCUAAUUUGAUUUUGGGGUUUCUGAAUAUUUUACCUGCAUUUGUUUUUUACGCUAUGCACAAACAAGAAAACAUUUUCCUUCAAGGAUUAUUUACCCUGGGCUAGUUUCAUCACUCAUUCAUGUCUUAAUUUUUUAAAGAUGAUACUGCCAUAGUUCUGUUAUGAACAUAUCAUAUCAAACCUCAAACCCCAAACCCUCUUUCCCUCAUUCUGUAGGAUUAUUGUCUGCUCCCUAGAACACUGAGAAUUUGAAGAGUUGAAUUUUUAGUAGUAAAAUAUAGCUCCCUAUGUACUGCUGCUUUAAAAAUCCAAACUCAGAUCAUUUUUGCCACUCAUGUUUUUAUACAGGUAGAGCUUCACACUAAAGAUAAUCCUGACUUAAAAUAUUCUUGUAGAAUUACUGUAUUAAACAUCCUAUAAAUGUUUUGGAGGAAUCUGAAAGACAGCAGUUGUAGUGUUUGAACUGUUCAACAGGACAACUGAACAGAAAAGCAGCUCUCCAGCCAGCUCAAGAAAGGGUACAAAUCACUAGCCUAAACUUUUUAAAAAAUAUGUUAAAAGAAAUAGCUGAGGUCCCUUAGAUGCACGUUGCUGGCACCGUUGACAAGGCCAGUAAACUAAUCAAUGACACCACACAUACACUGCUGCUGGGUAUCAGAAGUGGGUAAUUCUAGAAAGGCAUUAGAAAGGACAGUUUAUAAUGUGCCCCCCUCCAGCUGGAAAGCUAUGCCAUCGUGGGGGGCUGGAUAUCAGACAGCAGCCUACAGAGUAGGAGGUAUCAGCUUAUCUAGUUCCCAUUUGGGGGGUUUCUAAAUUCAGCCCAGUCUCCCUGAUGCUCUGUAAAUUAAAAGUGGCUUAUGCUUCCCAUCAAAACUGUUCCAGGUAAGGAUAACCAGACUUGGACUAGAAGGAAUUUUUUCUAGUGUAAAAAACAAUAACGUGCCAACAAAUUAAACACUUUCUGUGUUAAUUAGCCUAUUUUAAACAUAAUACAGCACAUAAAAGACUACCAUUUCUGUGUUCAGCUACAAACCACUUAUGCCUCUUUGGAACGCAUGGAAUGGUGCAGGAUCAGGUGGGCACCAGUUUCAGCCAGGGAUGGGUCACUGAGGAGAGAUGGGGUGUGGUGGGGAAAGAAUCUGCCCAAGCCCUCACAAGAAAAGUGCAAGUUCUCUGCAAAACCAGACCCUAUCUAAAACCAUAUUUGACUGCAUUCUUUUUUUUUCAAAUGCUAUUAGAGGCCAGAAGAGAGAGAGACUAAAGUAACCUCUUAGCACAGUAUUUACAAAGCCUUAUUCGGAGUUGUAUAAGAUGAUAUUUUAAAGUGAAACAUCAGUUACAGAAUUUUAUGUUAAUUAUGCUCCUCCAUUUUAAUAGUUAAUGUAUGCACUUAAACACCCACACUGCAUACUAUUAUUUUAUUAUUUUUUUAAAUUAUGAGAUCUAGCUAGCUAUGAAGAAUAUUUUUGUUCCCUCUGGUUAACAUAGACCGUGCUCUUCUGUUCAGCUCUCAUUAUAAAAUUUAAAAAUCUAACUCACAAUCGAUACAGAAAGAAACCAGAAACAUGUAUUGUGAGAUUCUGUACCUUUCACACUAUUCUUAACAGUCCUGUACCUGCUCUCAAGUACAUUAUAAUAUGUACGUGGUACGAAUCAUUAAGAAGGUGAACUACUACAGUUUUUCCUGGGAAGCCACUAUUUAUUUGCACACAAGAAUAACAAUCAUAGAGGAGACCAGUCCCUUAUUUUGGAUCUGGGCCUUCACUUGCUUGGAAUGCUCGACUGGGCCUCAAAAGAAAAAUCUUCUGACAGCUCCAUCCAGAAAACAUCUCAGAAUAAGAUAAUUACUGAAACAGAGCUGCUACUGAUCAUGCCACCGAUGGCCUGCUCCUAUAAUUAGUAAGGCUGAUAAGAAGAAAAUAGAAAAUGGGGAUUCUAGAAGUCACAACCUAAUUUUGGAUCCCUCAGACCAAAAAGUAUGCGGUAAAGCAAUGACAUUGUUGCCAAUCUCUGGAUAUGAGCUGCUUGUCCUCUUGGGGAAAGUUCAUACUGAAAAAUGCCCAGUACUUUAUUUUAAAAGGGAGACUUCACUGCCUUACUAGAAAACAAAUAGCAGAGAAAUAUGUUUUUAAGAUUUCUCUUUCAUUUAGCUAUUGUGGGAUGGGUUGUAAAGGAAUUGCAAGGGGUGGGACAUGUACAAAGCAGUAAAUAUCCAGUCACAAUCUUAGGAACCAAAACUUUUUUUUUGAAAAUAUAAACUGUUUUGCAUAUCCAAAUCUUCUGUAAUCUGUUCAAGAACAUACCAUAACUCAGUGUGGCACUGAUACCUACUGACCCAAGAUAUUGGGAGUUAUUCUGUACUGAAUGUUAUCUGAACUGAGAUUACAGUGAGUUUCCCAGUACAGUCACGACAAUAAGAUCUGUCUAAUAUAAUAAAGUUUUUCUGUUCUUUA